CCCUCCCCAGCAAACCUGGCACUGGCAGCAAACGGGACCCUUUCCUCCCGCUUCCUUCCGACUGGCUCUCUCGCCUUUGCUUGCUUCGAGCCCUACCUCGCUUCCCCCUUCUCAACAUGAAGCUCGUCAGGUUUUUGAUGAAGUUGAACAACGAGACGGUGUCGAUUGAGCUCAAGAACGGAACCGUUGUUCACGGCACCAUCACAGGUGUGGAUAUCAGUAUGAACACCCAUCUGAAAACAGUGAAACUUACAUUGAAGGGAAAAAAUCCAGUGAGUUUGGAUCACCUUAGUGUGAGGGGUAACAAUAUUCGCUACUAUAUCCUACCUGAUAGCUUAAAUCUUGAGACAUUGCUGGUUGAAGAGACACCUAGGGUGAAACCCAAGAAGCCAACAGCUGGGAGGCCUUUGGGACGCGGUCGGGGUCGUGGGCGUGGACGUGGACGUGGUCGAGGCCGUUAAAUAUGUUGCCCUCCUUUCGAAUUUUUGGGACAGCUGGAUGCGUAGACACCUUUGUUGUAGGGAGAAUUGGCCGUUGAUGCUAAUGGAUAUUAAAGGAGUUGUAUUGGUAUUUUUUUUUUCUGUGUGAUUAUUAGCCUUGGUUUGGAUGGCUUAAUCGUGAAUUCUGAGAUUCCAACCAUCGGAUAACUUGAUCUAUAGCUGAUAGCUGAGCAUAUAGUCUAUUCCUUUGUCCACUUGUUGCUUUUGAAAAAGAGAAAAAGUAAGAAUAGGAACGCUGCCAUGGAUUAUCAUAA